AUGCCCUCAUGGGGAAGACCACCAGGGGCACGAACGGGGAGAAAUACUAGGGGACGUGCGUGGGAGGAGACACGGCUGGAGGAGGUGGAGAGUGAGGAGGAUGUAUACGGGCGGGAGUUGGUGCGAAGCGGUCGUUGUAAGCAGGAGUAUGGAGGGCGAGGGUCGCGGAGGCGACCUGUGGCUUUUGAGGAUCUGACGGAUGAAGCUGAUACGUUUGAUGGGGGAGAAUUCGAUCUAUACGACCAUGAGGAUACCACGGUGGCCUAUGCGAUUCAGCUAGCCAUGCGGGACAAGGAGGAUCAAUUGGUGGACACAGCGCUCGAACGAAUUCGUCGCGCCCAACUUCUGGGAAGGAAAAAUGUUCGGCUGUCGAAACAGGAACUGGAUGCCUUGGAGCGCAAGCGCCAGCAGACGGAUGGUUCAAGCGGCAGCCGGCGCCCGUCCCUCAAUUCUAUCAAAGCAACGUCGCGCCCAUCAUCCCGACGGAGCGUUGUUGCCCCAGAGUUAUCCGGCGCGUACCCAAGCUUUGUGCCUGAUGCAAACAGCACUUGGGCUCGUGGGACGGCCGGCUCGCGGCCGUCCAGCUCAUCUUCUGCUCGGCCCCGGACUCCAACGACCCAAUCUCUUCGUCCCCAGCAGUCCAACUCACCUCUUCGACCUACCUACCCAUCAUACACCUCCGAGCGCCUUGCCCCCAAUGCCCGAGGACAAUCAAUGCAACAACCGCCUGUCUUCCCACGACCACUGCCAGACGAUCCUCAAUGGACCCCGUCCUACUACAAUACAAUGCAAAUGAGUCCAUACGGCGAAUCUGCACCAUAUUUACCGCAGGUUUCCUCCGAUUUCUGGGCUGGUCAGCAGAAUCGAAUGAGUUAUCCUUCAGGGCCUCCAUACCCAGCUUCUCAAUCCUCGGCCAAAUGCUCACCGCAAGGCAUAUCGCAGGUCCGAGGGGACAUAGCUCCAGAUUCAGUCAAGUUAGGGUCGGAGGAAUCCACUGAAGAUGAAUCGCAGACCAGCGAGGAUGAUGUGCAGAUCGUCAAGGUGGCCAAGGUGGCGGAGCGCAACGCCCCAGUUGCUGUUGCGCAGAGGCGGCCGGUUCCUGGAACUAUCCGUAAACGGACGAGCCGAUGA